AUGGCAAGCUUCGAGGAAGUGCUGCAUAACCAGCUGGAAGAACUUCGGGCGCAUCUGCUCCAGGCACAUGCCGAAUCAUCGGUUGAGCGAUUUGAGCGUGAGCGGACACGAACAUGGUCCUUCCAGAAGGUCAAUCAGGGCAUUUCUUUGGACGCCCUUGAAGCGCGUGUCCCGGUGGAGGACCAGUCGGUCGAUCUAGAGGAGAUGCAGCGCAUGCUCACCAGCGUGCGCCCGGCAGAAGAGAAGUGGGCGAGCUUCAUCAGAAGGAUGCAGAAUCGCAGCGAUUAUUUCACGCCUUCGGAGAAGAUCCUGACCCUGCACAGUGACUGGAUCUCCACGGCUCCAGGAAAGCACGUAGGUCGCCGAGGAGGGACUGUGCACCAGAGCGACCCAGCGAUCGAGGGUCAGCCGCUGUUCAAAGGAGGUGCAGAGGAUGUGUCGCACAGGCUGAAGCGAGGUUGCUCCAAGCUUAUCCUCCGGCCGCAGAGCAAUAUCCGGCUCACCAUGUCCAUCCUCGGGCUGAUCGCCAUCGUUUGGGAUGUCGUGCGGCCCUCGGCCCUCGGAUGUUUCAGAGGUCUAGAACAAGCUGUGCAGGCAUUCGAUGAUUUGCCUGUCUACUUCGAUGACUUCCUAAUGCAAAUGACCUACGCCGCAGCAGGGCUUCAUUGGAUUCUGGAGAUUUCACGAGGGAAGGUCUUUCAGGGCGUCCGCGAGAUCCUCUUGGCCGGUGACACUAAUCGUCUCGUAGCAGAACUUACGUUUGUCCGCAUCAAUGACCUGGCUGCUCCACCCGAGCCGCUUCAUCCACUCUUGUUGUUGGAGCCGUUUGUGGCCCUGCUCAUCGUUGCCAAUGGCGUGAUGACUGGUGUGCAGACGGAGCUGGAAGAUUGGGAGGGAUGGCUCUACUUCGAGCUGGUCUUCGCAACUGCGCUGCUGCUGGAAAUCCUGCUGCGCAUAAGUUAUGUGGGCUGCAAGGCUUUCUGGUGCGGACCGGACAUGUUCUGGAACUGGUUUGACAUGAGCCUCCUUCUUACCGGCAUGAUCGAUCUUGGCCUACAGAUUGCCAGAGACCAGAACACAGACAUCUUCGCAGCCUCCCUGUUGAGACUCUGUCGCUUGGUCAGACUCGUCCGUAUAGUGAAGAUCUUCCGGUUGAAGUUCAUGAGCGAGCUGCGGCUCAUGGUGAAGGGCCUGGUCGCAGGGAUCAGGACACUUUUACUGGCCUUCAGUUUGCUGUUCGCCGUCAUCUAUGUCAUCUCGGGCUUCACAUUCAUGAUGAUUGGCAACAACGCAGUGACUGCAGAGUUCCACCUUGGGCCUUUCUUCGAGACGUUGCCGCUGACAAUGUUUACAGCCUUCCGCUGCUUCAUCGGCGAGUGCAUCGACGACCUCGGCCAGCCCAUUCCGUCGUUGUUGGCCCGGGCGUAUGGGCUGCCCUUCAUCCUGGGCUAUGUCACCAGCUACAUGCUCGUGGCCCUUGGCAUCUUCAACGUGAUCCUCGCAGUUUAUGUGGACAUCACCAUGAAAGCGGCAAAGGAAAGCGAGGCCGUCACCGCAGAACAGCACUUCCACGAAUCGAUACGGGUCGCGCGGACCACACGGGAGUUGUUGAAGAAAUUUGCGGCAGCCUACCGUCUCUUCCACGAAAUGGAGGAUGAGCAUGCGUCGCACCUCGACAUCACAUCUUCUGCCGUUCUUUUCACGGAUGAAGAGAUUCAGGACAACAUUACGAUUACGAAGGAGCUCUUUCUCCUUGUGAUCCAAGAUCAGGAAGUGCAGCGGCUGAUGGAUGACUUGGACAUGCCAGUGGACAGGGCGAACAUGUUCGAGAUCAUCGAUGCCGAUGGUAGUGGAAAUCUGCAAAUAACAGAGCUGGUCCAAG